UUAAAUACAGGCCAUUAUAUUCCAGCAUUAGGACUAGGAACAUGGCAAUCCAAGCCAGAUGGUUAUCUUUCAUAUUUUAAAUUAAUAAUUAUUAAUAAGAAAUUAGAAGUCUCUAUCGCAGAUACUGCUUUUAUGUAUUUAAACGAAGAGGGGGUAGGACAAGGCAUUAGAAAUAGUGAGAUUCCUCGAGAGGAAAUUUUCGUAACAACAAAAUUAGCAUCUACCUUUCACUCUCGUGCAGAAGAGUGUUUAGAUCAAAGUCUAAAUAAAUUGGGUUUAGAUUAUGUUGAUCUUUAUCUUAUGCAUUGGCCUCUUUCCCUUAAUCCAAAUGGAAAUCAUAUUUUUUUCCCAAAAAAAUCAGAUGGUACUUAUGAUUUUGAAGAAAAUUGGGAUUUCUUAAAAACAUGGAAAUCACUUGAGAAACUUCUUAGUACAGGAAAGGUAAAAGCUAUUGGGGUUUCAAAUUUUAGCACUGUGAAUUUAGAAAAACUAUUGAAAAUAGCUGAAGUAGUACCAGCAGUUAACCAAUGCGAGUUACAUCCUUAUCUAUCACAAGAAAAGCUUCUUGAAUUUUGUAUUAAAAAAGGAAUUCAUUUAACUUCAUACUCGCCGUUCGGUUCUACAGGUACACCACUUCUAGAAGAACCAGUGGUUAAAGAAAUUGCAAAUAAAAAUAAAAUGACAGAAGCACAAGUCAUUCUUUCUUGGUGCAUACAAAGGGGUACAUCUGUAAUACCAAAAUCAGUAACUCCUUCACGAAUUACAAGUAAUCUUCAAGUUUCUGAACUGCCAGAAGAUGAUUUCUUAAAAUUAAAUGAACUUGGAAAAACACAUAAAACCCGUUACAUUUCAUUAAGUGGGAAAGCAACUGUUUUCCAUGAUGACGAAUAA